GGACUUAUGUCCAACAGGGCAUCGGAGGAGGAGGUGUUCCUGGCAGCCAUCUUGGAUGUGCGGAGUGAUUGUUUAGCGAGAAGAAUUGACAUUUUUUUAAAGAAUAGUUAGCUUAAAGAGAUAUUUGUAGCAGAUUAAACAGAGUGAGUCGAUCAAGGGAAGAAAUCGGAAUCCGGAAGAAUCCAGUGAAAGAAGGCAUGAAGACAUCAUCAUCCUAGUCAUUAGUCAUGGCCGAUAAAAGGAAACUUCAAGGUGAAAUAGAUCGAUGUCUGAAAAAAGUAGCGGAGGGAGUGGAACAGUUUGAAGACAUCUGGCAAAAGCAGCUACACAACGCAGCAAAUGCCAACCAGAAGGAGAAAUAUGAAGCAGACCUCAAGAAAGAGAUUAAGAAGCUACAGCGUCUUCGAGACCAGAUCAAGACGUGGGUGGCAUCCAACGAGAUCAAAGACAAACGGCAGCUAGUCGAGAACCGCAAACUCAUAGAGACGCAAAUGGAGCGGUUCAAAGUCGUGGAGAGGGAAACAAAGACUAAAGCGUACUCUAAAGAAGGGCUCGGUCUGGCCCAGAAGGUGGACCCGGCUCAGAAGGAGAAGGAGGAGGUCGGCACGUGGCUAACGAAUACGAUAGACACGCUGAACAUGCAGGUGGACCAGUUUGAGAGCGAAGUGGAGUCUCUUUCAGUCCAGACGAGAAAAAAGAAAGGAGACAAGGAGCAAAAACAAGACCGGAUUGAAGAACUGAAGAAGUUCGUGGAGAAACAUCGACACCACAUCCGGAUGCUGGAGACCAUCCUGAGGAUGCUGGACAACGACUCAGUGCAGGUCGACUCCGUCAGGAAGAUCAAGGACGAUGUGGAGUAUUAUCUCGACUCGUCGCAGGAUCCAGACUUCGAGGAGAACGAGUUUCUUUACGACGAUCUGGACCUGGAAGACAUCCCUCAGACGCUGGUCGCCACCUCCCCACCGGGACACUCGCACUUGGAGGACGAGAUCUUCCAGCACUCCAGCAGCACGCCCACAUCCACCACCUCGUCCUCGCCCAUACCUCCCUCGCCUGCGACUUGCACUACGGAGAACUCAGAAGAUGACAAGAAGCGGGGACGUUCAACAGACAGCGAAGUCAGUCAGUCACCUGUGAAGAACGGAAACCCCUCCUCCUCGUUAUCGUCUUCCUCCUCCUCCUCAUCCUCCUCCUCCUCCUCUUCUUCUUCCUGCUCCGUCUCGGGUCUGACCUCAUCCUCCCUGGUCUCGAUGACCACCAUCCCAGUGGGAGGCAGCAGCAGCGGCUCUGGGGGCGGCAGUCUCCUCCUGAACUCUGGGAGUCUCCUCUCUCACACCUCCGCCGGCAGCUACAGCAACGCCACCCAGCAGCCGCCCCACCCGUCAGCCCAGCAGCAGCAGCAGCAGCAGCAGCCCAAGAUCUCAGUCCUGUCCUCCACCUCUGCUCCCAUCCCCAUCCCCACCCCCAGCAACAGCUACCCCGCCCCCACCGCCUCCUCUCCCCCCAACGUCAGCACACAGGGGCUCCUCUCUUCAUCCUCCCAGCUCCCGUCUCUGUCAGGACCCCCGCAGACCUCCAACAGUCUGGGCCUCAGUCUGGGUCUGUCUCUGGGAAAAGGAGGCAUGUCGGGCUCCAUUGCCACCAGCCCCAUGUCUGGAGGUCUCGGCCUGUCAGGGAUGCCGGCGUCCCUCAGCAGCAUGGCGAGCCUCCUGUCCAGCUCCACCCCAGCACCCUACGCUCAGGCCGCCGCUGCAGGGACCCUCAGCUCAGGUCUCCCUGGCUCUCUCGGCGGGGUCAUGACCACAGGGAGCAACACCGGACUGGGCUCCAUCGGCAGCGGGAGCAUCACAGUCGGCGGGCCGACGUCCACGACUGGAGGUCUGCUGGGAGCGGCGCCCGGAGCGAACAGCAUCAGCUCCGGGAUCCUGGGUUUGAGCUCCGGUCAGUCGGGGAUGCAGGGGUCUUCUUUGGUGUCGCUGAGCCCGGUGGGAGGUUUAGCACCCGGGAGUGGAGUGGGAGUCAUCGGGAGUAACGCAGGUAGCUCAGGACCGGUGGGGAGCGGCGUGGUGGGAGGAAACUCGUCGCUGUCCAUCCGGCCGCCGAGCCAGCAGAAGCAGAACGGAAGCGGCAGUGAGUAUCUGAUGAAGAACGACGCUCUGGUUUGGACCCACGAUGGUUACAGCACUGUGGUAGCAGACAGCGCAAUGGACUCCGCCCUCAACAGUGCCAGCCAAUCACAAAUCAGCCAAUCUUCGUCUUUGACCUCGACAGCCAAUCAGCCUAAGGACACUGGUCCCAGUUUACUCGGCUCCUUGAGUCUGUCAUCCAGCUCUCCGUCUCCGGCGUUCUACAGCGAGGCCAAAACCAUGAGCGGAGGCAGCCUGCUGAACGGCCCGCUGUCCUUCUCUCAGUCCUCGGACAGCAUCAAGCCCCAGGAGCCUCUGAGCAGCCUGAAGUCCAUGGCCGAGCGAGCAGCACUCAGCUCAGGGAUGGAGGGAGACGUGCCCUCCCUGCACCUCACCCCAGACAUCUUCCCCAGCAGCACUGUGGCCUCCUCAGGUCCCCCGUCAGCACCUCAGCCCUCGCUGUCAGAGGUCAGCAUCCCCCCGUCGUUGGGGGUCUGCCCGCUGGGGCCGGUCCCCCUGUCCAAAGACCAGCUCUACCAACAGGCCAUGGAGGAGGCGGCGUGGACGCACAUGCCCCACCCGUCGGACUCGGAGAGGAUCAGGUGCAGAGAAAUGCAGUACCUGAUGAGGAACCCGUGCCCCACCCUGCCUUUCCACCACCAGGUGCCACCGCCUCACUCCGACACUGUAGAGUUCUACCAGAGGCUCUCCACAGAAACCCUGUUCUUCAUCUUUUACUACCUGGAGGGCACUAAGGCCCAGUAUCUGGCAGCCAAAGCCCUGAAGAAGCAGUCCUGGAGGUUCCACACGAAGUACAUGAUGUGGUUUCAGAGACACGAAGAACCCAAAACCAUCACUGAUGAGUUUGAGCAGGGAACAUACAUUUACUUCGACUAUGAGAAAUGGGGCCAACGGAAGAAGGAAGGCUUUACGUUCGAGUACCGGUACCUUGAAGACCGAGACCUCCAGUGACCUGCAGCCAAAAAACCACAUAAAGCAGACACACAAAGACGGACGGACAGACGACAGACGCGAGAGGGACGGACGGACGGAGAGCAGACAAAAUAAAGAAGUGGUCCACCUGCUGACAUUCCUGGGUUUGAUUUUGGCUCUCUGGGAUGGAGGGGGGGCGGGCGGGUUCACACGGACACUUUGAAAUCCCUCCAUCCCUUUCACCCUCCUCCUCCUCUUCACUCAUCCAUCAUCAGGUCUUCUCCUGAACUGGAUCUCUCUUUACAACGAGACUUUUUGGCAGAUAAGACACAUAAACCACACCUACUCCUCAGACUAUCACGUGCUUUCCCCUCUGUGUUAAUCUCCUCUUCUGUUGGCUUUAAAGACGUUAGCUUAUGUAGCCCACUAUGAACCAAAGAGUAUUGGUUAAUCAGACAGUACAGGCUCCGCCCCCCCUUUUCUGUGAGAGUGAGGAAAACCUAAAACCACAACCACACACAUGUAACCCGCGCGGUCGCAGUGCUACAGGUUAGUUUAAGGAGCAGAGACGCAGCAGCAGGGCGGGAAUUUAAGGACAACUUGAGUUCUUAAAUCCAGCUAGAAAACAAGAUCGAAGUCACGUGACCCGUUACUGAAGCAGGACUCAUAAGGUCUAAGCUCUUUGGCUGUGUUUGGAUGUAUACUCCCUCGCCAGUUUCUUCACACAUGCACGUUUUAUCUGAUAACACCUGGCCUCAUUUUGCUCUUUUUUCAUCAUGCUUUAACAAAAACAGAGCAGAAACAUCUUGAAAUAUGCUUCCUGGUGUGCAUCAGAGGUUUCGUCCAAUCAGAAGUGACGUUUUUUUUUACAGCAGGGUGCAUUUUCAAAACACCUUGCGGCACAAAAUAAUCCAAGAUCAGGUAAUCCAGAUCACUCUGGUCCUGAUUUGGCAAAGAAGUGGUUUGGAUCAACCUAAUUCAGAUUCAGGACUGUUGAAAAAUAACGACCAAAUCCAGACUACUGGUGCUGUAAAUGACACUUCAGACUUUUGGCCACAGGGGGCGCCAGAAACAACACAAACUUUAAAAAAGAAACAUAAAGAUUAACUUUUUUUUUGAAUAAUUAAAAAUGCAGAAUAUUCACAACAACUUGCAAAGUAGUCGUUACAAUCUUAAUUUUGACAACCUUUAAAUUUAUUUUAUUUACUGUCGCAUUAGUGAUACACCCCUUUAAAUCCAGACUAUCACAUCAAAACACGCUGCAGCACAAAAUAAUCCAAGAUCAGGUAAUCCAGCUCACUCUGGUCCAGAUUUGGCAAAGAAGAACUGGUUUGGAUUGACCUGAUUCAGAUUCAGGACUGUUGCAAAAUAACGACCAAAUCCAGACUACUGGUGCUGUAAAUGACACUUCACACUUUGGCCACAGGGGGCGCCAGAAUCAACACAAACUAAAAAAAACAAACAUCUCCAAUAUGUUGUAUUUUUUCACCAGUUUAAAAGUUCUCCUACAUUUAGUUCCUGUAAUCCAGCCUGCAUCCACCCUCUGCUGGGAUCAGAGUAAUCCGGAUAUCCCAAUCCUAACCCUGAUUUAAAAAAACAUCCUAAAUUGAUGAGAUUUUGUUAGAAAAUAAUUCAAAUUUUAAGAUUUGUUUAAUUAUUUUGGCUCACAUCCAAUCAGAUUACUUUGAACAACUAGGACCUGGAUUAAAAACGGCCAACCACCCCUUCAAAGAGCAACAUUAAACCCUGCACAUGGUUAGGAAUUAACCCUUGACUAGUGCAUCGAUCAUUGAGUUAAUCCCAACCUCUGAUUUUUGAUUUAUUCAAUAAAAUAAUGUUCAUUUUAACUUUUAUUUAAAGGUUUAUCAACAUCAGGUUACAGGCAAAUGAGUGUCUAUCUAAAAAGGCGACAUUUACAUUUCUACACGCAAUAAUAACAUCCUUUUAGUUGUGGUUCCAGAUGAUGGAAAAUAUGGUGCUAAAACAUUAACUUUCACUUUCACCUUCACGUAAACAAAUCUGUACAUGUAUUCAACAUAAAGAUCACAGCUGGAGGAGCGCAACAAAAGCAGCUCUCCAGGGAACCAAUCACAAGAGAUAUGGAAUCAAACCAUCCAAACAUGUCCUCAAACAAACCUCAGAAUCACUGAAAGUUACUGAUUGAGUCGUCGUUGUAAAAUAAAAUGUGUUUAUUCAGAGUUUCAACACUAAAGCAGAAUGAGGUUUGGUUCAGGUCACAAUCACCGUUCUGUUUGGUCCAAAAGUAUGAGCUGAGUUUUUCCAGGAAAUAAAACCUAAUAAUGUUUGUUGUUUUUGUUUUUCCGUCUCUGCUGCUGCUGCUGGAACAAUAACGGCCCCAGUGACCGGUCCACCUUCCUCUGCUGUAAUCCAACCUGACCGCGCUAGACGAAACACAAACCCCAGCAGCUAAAUGUGGCUGAUCGUUGGUCGUAGGUGGCUCCGCGGGCCUCUCUGGCACUUAACUAUCUUCAGAGGUCCUGCUGCUGUUGUGUUUUUGUGGUUAUUUUGUGAAUCCACCAGCCGCUGCGGUCUAAAAAUAUCCCAACCUGCCUACUCCCAUCCAGCCGCGGUGGAGGAGUGUGACAAAACAGCCGCUGAGGUGUUGGUAGUAACUGUUUCAGGUUGUUUUUUUUACCUGGUGGGCUGUGUUAUAUCACAGUUCGGAAACUCUUUCAGGGCAAAAGGCAAAGUACUUCCAAAAUUAGAACUUAUUCAAGAUCAGAAGUUAAAGUCUUUCGCUCACUUUCUCACGUUGGUUCACCCAAAUUAGGUUUAAAAGACAACUUCUUCCUUUUUUUGGUGAUAUUUCUUAAAACACUUGAUCGAAUUUUCCUCCAAAACACAACAAAACGUGCACAUAUAAUCAUACAUUCUCCUCUGACAUCCUCUCUUGUUGCUUUUCUCCGGGCUUCUAAUAUUAAAAACACACAAAAUGUAACAUUUCACAACAUUUCACUGCUUUUUGAUGGAUACAAAUCUGGAAAAACAAUUUGUAGUGACAUUUUUCGAGGCACAUGCGGCCAUAUUUUGGGGUAAAACUACAAAUUUGACAAGUUUAGCAUUACUUGAUGACAGCAAAUGUUAGUACUCAAGCACAUUGAUGGUAUUGGGUUAAAUUUGAAGCUAGUUAGAGCUCAAUUAAUAGGGAAUAAUACCAUCUGCUAGUAAUAUCCCUGAUUACCAUUAUAGACUGCAAAUUCGGAGCUGUUAACGUUAGCUAGCUUAAAACUAUGAUAGCAAGAAAUGUAUGUUAUCCUCUUAUUGUGUAUCAGUAUUGAAUGGUAGCAUUCACAACAUGUCUUGAUGCCAAUUUAGCUGUUCUUGCCACGUCACAGCUUCAAGUUCUUCGGAUAAUCUACAUGCUACAAUAAGAAAGGCAUGUUAGCUAGCUUUAAACAGUGUUAGCGAAGCGUUUAUGUAUUUCCUGUUAUAGUGUUAAACGCUAAAAACCAAUGUUGGCUGUUAUCUACUACUUCCUGACUUGGUAUCCAGUGUGAUAACGUACAUGCUACGACGAGAAAGGUGCCGACUUCCAGUAAAUGGUAACGUUAGCUAACAAAAGUGUCAUUAAAAUGCUAAAGUCCCUUGCUAUUGCUUUGUCAUAGAAGUCAUACGUUUCUUGCCAACAUCACAUUUAGCACGUAUUCUGUGACAGCAUCAGUUAGCUAACAUUAGCUUGAACUAGAAACGUUCGUACCAUCAUUUUUCGUCACACUCAGCUUUCAAAUGUAGCAACGAACUAGCUAAAUGCUAAUGUAGCUUUUGUCCCCGGCACCAGGUUGAAUUAGCAUUAGAUGGCGUUCAUGCUACAGUAGCAAAGGUGUACAUUUCAAGCUAAAGCUAGCGUGUUAAAAACUUUAUAUACUAUACUCAAUCCAGCUAAUGUCCGACAAUUCCUAGCUAACAUUACUGUGGGAUUGUAACAUUGUGUGAUAUUAAUUAGCAGUGAGAUGGCUAAAUGCUAGUAUUAGCUGUUAAUUGUAUUAUGAUCGGAAAGUUGUAGACGUCCAGCUAAUGUCAAUGUUAGUUCGCUAGAAGUUAUGAAAAUGCUACAUUUAGCUGUUUUGUAACCAUUCCCUGCUAAUUCUAAAUGGUUGCUAGCAGCUCCGUAGAAUUAAGCUAACAUCAACAUUUGAUUGCGUAUCAUGAAACAGAAAGAGAAGUUUAAAAAUCCUAGUAACGCUAGCUAGCUUAAAAUGUCAAUGUUAGCUUAAUUCUAACGUCUCAUUAGAAUUAAGCUAACAUCGACGUUCGAUUGCGUACCAUGAAACAGAAAGAGAAGUUUAAAAAUCCUUGUCACGCUAGCUGGCUUACAAUGUCAAUGUUAGCUUAAUUCUAACGUCUCGUUAGAAUUAAGCUAACAUUGACGUUUGAUUGCUUAACAUGAAACAGAAGGAGAAGUUUAAAAAUCUUAGUCACAGCUAGCUUGAAGUGUCAAUGUUAGCUUAAUUCUAACGUCUCGUUAGAAUUAAGCUAACAUUGACGUUUGAUUGCUUAACAUGAAACAGAAAGAGAAGUUUAAAAAUCCUAGUCACGCUAGCUAGCUUAAAAUGUCAAUGUUAGCUUAAUUCUAACGUCUCGUUAGAAUUAAGCUAACAUCGACGUUCGUUUGCGUAACAUGAAACAGAAAGAGAAGUUUAAAAAUCCUAGUCACGCUAGCUAGCUUAAAAUUUCAAUGUUAGCUUAAUUCUAACGUCUCGUUAGAAUUAAGCUAACAUUGACGUUUGAUUGCUUAACAUGAACCGAAGGAGAGGUUUAUAUUCUUAGCCAGCUGGAACGCAAGCUAGCUCAAAAUUAUGUUGGGGAGAAUUGGUCGAAUGCUAACGUUAGCUUAAGUUACAAAACUGUGGGAAAUAUAGCAUCAUGUGCCUCUAGAUUUUAUUUUUACUUUCUUUAACAAUUUAUUCACAAAAUUAAAGUAUGUGAGGAAGUUUAGAUAACUUGAAAUGAAAUAAAAAUGGCAGAUUAAAUGAACCCUCGCUCAGGUGUAACAGAGACAGCCAUAGGUUCAUUUUUUUAUUUUGAAAAUCUAAUUAAAGUUCCUGUUUUGUUCCUUUUUCUUCACAUUUCUGGCUUCUAAGAAAUCAAAAAGCAGUGAAAUCGAACCCUCCUUCCAUAUCAUUUGGAACCUGUAACAGCAAUAAGACUCACCGUUAUUGUUACAUUCCCCAAAACUUCCACUUAAAGGUCGUUUUGAACUAAAGAGGAAGAAAGACUUUAACGUGCUCUUUAAGCACUAAGUCAUCUGCAUAACGAGAUCCUCCUCAGUAAGUCUGUGUUGUUCUGGGCCGAGCUGAACACGUUAAACUUUACUCUCCAGCAGUGAACCCUACGAGCGUUGUGGGCGUCGGAUGUAACCAGCAGCUGGAUGGACGUUUGUUAGUCUCCCACCAGCCUUCCUCCUCCUCCUCCUCCUCCUCUUCUCUCUGUGCUGAAGAGCACAAACUGAGCAACACCAGCAACAACACUGCUGCCCACACCUCCUCUGUCCUCCAGCUCUGUGCUGCUGCGGCUGCUGCAUGUUUACACACUCACAACAAACACACACUGCCCAGUUGUUACUACCAACAAAUCCAGUUUAUCUCCAGCAGCGUAUUUUCUUUCCCUCCUCUCGUUUUCGGGGUUUUUUCGUUCCCCCCCCUUUUCUCUCUCAGCCGGCCAGCUCCCCCCCUUGGUAGAUAUUUCCUUUAUUUCUCAGGAAGUAUUUGAUAGAUCCUUUUUAAGAGGAAAUGUAUCCGCCAGCACAACUCAAACAACCUUCCCUGGAAAGAUUCGUACCAAAAUUUGUACCCCCCUUUUUUUUCCCUCUACCUGCCAGUGGCCCUCCCUAUUUCACUUUUUUGAAAGAUACUAAUAUUGUCCUCCAAUGUUUGGAGCAGCGCCUGGAAGAGAGAGCAUCUUUAUAUUUUGUAUGUGUUGGAUUAAUCAUAGUGAGAUUGUAUAUUACGUGUUAUUUUUCCAGAGACGGGGAAAGCAUUUAAAAAAAACAAACAAGAGAUGGUGUUCUUUGGGAGGAGUGUGGGGUGUUUUUCUUUGUAGCCAAACAGACACAGACAGACGGACGGACGGACGGACGGACACUUAUUCACUUGACUGACAGUCCUGCUUUUAACCUUUUUUUGUUUACUUUUUUUUUUUUUUUUUGCCAAGCGGAAGGGAUGAGAGGUCAAUCCAAGAGCGUCAAUGUGAAUCUCUCUCUGCCUCUUGACAAAAGUGUUGUAUAAACUCUUCAAACCUCUCCUUUGUUUUUGUUUAUUUUGUUUUUUUUGUUGUUGUCGUUAGACAGCAUGGAGUAAUGACACUUGCAAAGUGGCGCUGAAAAAGUAAAUAAUGACAUAACCACGAAUAAAGGAUUGUAAAAUAUUAAUAAAAGAAUUACUUUUCAGAAAACUGGA